CUAGAGAUUUAAUUCUAAUUUACUGGAUUUAAGUCAGCAAUUUUCAACAUAGUUGCAUUCUAGUUGUUAUACUCAAUACAAAAUAAAAUUUUUCUCAAAAAAAUGUUUAAUAUAGAACAUGGAAGCAAAGAAUCUACCUAAUCAAAGUAUUUCAUGGAUUAAAACUCCAACGAAAUUAUUCCCUCCAAAAAAAAUUCAACAAAAUUAUAUAAAUGCAACAUUCUAGUACGGGCUUAUAAGUGACAGCUGUUCUCUUUUGUUUUUUUUUACAUCAUCUAUAGAACAAAAUACAUGCAUGAAGUCACUCUAGAGUAAGCAUGGCCUAGAAGCAAUUAAACAAGUUAGUUCAGGCGGAUGAAAAGGGAACUUCCUAAGAGACAAAGCUGCAACAUGAACUGGCAACUUGUCAUAUGAGAGUGCGAGCUUUGAACUUUGAAUGGACAUGCAUGGUGAAUGACCAUGUUAACAUGUAUUUAAAAGAAAUGAUGAUAUCAUUCCAAAAACUACAAAGGUGGAAAGAUCCAAAACCUCUUCUCUUCUUCAUGCUCCUCUUGUCACGUUGCCCCUGCGGUACUCACCAUGUUUCAUUAUAAAACAGUAGCCAAACCAUUUGAAACAUGACCCAUGAGCAUCCACCAUCAACCAGCAUGGACUCCUCCUCCUCCUCCUCCUCUUCCAACAAUCACCACCCACAUCCACCCCCUUCUCUUCUCUCCUUUCUCGCUGUUUUCAAAAACGUCCUCAACCAAGAGCUAAUCAGAAGCGUGCAUGCCUACCGAAUCGUUCCGGAGGAGGAAGGUGAGGGGAGGGAGCUGUGGGUGGAGAGGGAGUUCCUCUUCUCUCCCACCUCCCACCUCGAGAUCACUGCGCCGAUCCCCCGCCAGCUCCUGCUGGCGGAUCCAGUGGUGGGUGGUGGCGUCCGCCACCGGCCGAGGUUCCACGAGGGGCAAAACAUUGGCCUUUGGCUUUGUAUUCUAGCAUUCGACUCUGCCACCGCCGCUGCCAUCUCGCGGCCUCCUCCCAUCCCUCCCAUCCUCUCCUUCUCCAGAAAUCCAAGAUUACAGUCUGUUCCAACUUUGUCCUGUGAUCUUCAAAAGGUUUUCGAGUUAAGGUGCGAAACAGAAAACCAAGAGCUGAUGCAUGUUGUUUCAGAAGAAAUCCUUGCAGACAAAGAUAAUAAGUUUUCUCGGCCAAUGAAAAAUGCACCUGAUUAUGAUGAAGAUCAACUCUCACACUCCGGUCCCAUGAUGAAACAAGCAACAUCAGACAAUCAACACUCCCAUGAAAUUGUACCUGAAGUUGGAGCAUCCAUGAAGAAGAAGAGAGCUGCAGCAGAGCAUGUAGCUAGCAUUUCUUUAACUGAUCUUGUUAAGUACUUCAAUCUUCCAAUCAUAGAAGCUUCGAGAAAUUUAAAUGUCGGAUUGACUGUACUGAAGAGGAAAUGUAGAGAAUUUGGUAUACCUCGUUGGCCACAUAGGAAGAUGAAGUCUCUCGACACUCUUGGUACACAAUCUCCAGGUAAUCUUCGUAUCUCCCUUCAGAUACUUUUACCAAGUCUCGCAUGUAAACAUGUGCAAAUCAUCAACUAAUUCUUGUAUUUAUGUCCAGUAAAAUGACACAAGGAAGUUUGGGCCAUCUUUUUCUAUAGUGUCAGUCCUAGAUACUGAAAAUGCUAUUCUGAAUCAUAUCUGUUGAAUAAAAUUUUAAGUGGUUGUUAAAGAUUGGUCACACUGUUGAUGCAUACUAAUAAAUUAUAUACUACAGCUAAACAAUAUCAUGUUUAAAUUGAACUUCAAAUAAUAAAUGAACUUGAAUUGGUAUUCUCAGCCAUGGUGUCAUGUAAAAAUCAAAGUAGUGGUUGUAGGGCAUUUGUCCAUACUUAAUGGCUCAUUACAGUGUUUCAUGGUGACCGGACAUACAUUAUUAUGUUCUAAUUUUAGAAAUUCUAUAUGACUGUCCAUCGAUCAUUCGAUGUCAUUUCUCAUGCAUAAGAAUUAAGGA